CUGGAAGUACAAAGUAUUUGACUCGACAGGAGCAAGUAACCGGUUAUAGUUGUCCUGUACCCUGAAUCUUAUGAUGGCAAUCUUGAGUUAAAAGUAGCAUUGCCUUUCUGCAGUGAAGGAUCUCAGAGCUACGAUCGUUUCUUUUCGAGUUUAAGUAAUUGUCCUCUCAUUGGAAGAAAAUGACCAUCAAAGCAGCGAACAAUUUUUGCCGUGUAGUUUUACAAGUAAUUUUGUUCUGCACCAUCGGGGUCCGGCAGGCUGUAGCGGCGCCGACAGGCAUAGUGAAGUUUCCAGGUGACAACAGCACGAAAACAGACCAGGAACUAGCCACUAUAUACUUGAAUAAAUUCUAUGGCUGUCCGAAAGAAAGGUGUGACCUUGUGGUGUUGUCAGACACACUGAAGAAAAUGCAGAAAUUUUUUGGACUGCCUCAAACUGGAAAACUGGACUCGGAAACAGUAAAUGUGAUGAAAAAGCCACGGUGUGGAGUUCCUGAUUUAGCAAAUUACAACUUUUUCCCUCAGAAGCCAAAAUGGGAAAAUAAUAGACUAACUUACAGGAUUUUGGGCUACACUCAAGAUCUGGAUGAAGAAACAGUAGAUGAUGCUUUUGCUCGGGCUUUUCAGGUGUGGAGUGACUUCACGCCACUGAAAUUUUCAAGGGUUUACGAUGGUGACGCGGACAUCAUGAUCAACUUUGGGCGCUGGGAACAUGGUGAUGGAUACCCGUUUGAUGGGAAGGAUGGGCUCCUGGCACAUGCAUUUGCCCCAGCAAAGGGCCUUGGAGGAGAUUCUCACUUUGACGAUGAUGAAUUAUGGACACUGGGCGAAGGACGAGUUAUUAAAGCAAGGUUUGGGAAUGCAGAAGGUGCAUUUUGCAAAUUUCCGUUUUUGUUCAAUGGGAAGGAAUACAAAAGCUGCACUACCGAUGGCCGUAGUGAUGGAUUCCCUUGGUGUUCCACAACCUACAAUUUUGAUGUAGAUUCAAAAUAUGGAUUCUGUCCUCAUGAAUUACUAUUUACUAUGGGUGGAAAUAGUGAAGGAGUGCCAUGCUCUUUUCCUUUCACCUUUGAAGGAAAGCAAUAUGAUAGUUGUACAACUGAAGGAAGAACCGAUGGCUAUAAGUGGUGUAGCACGACGAACAAUUAUGAUGUAGACAGAAAAUAUGGGUUUUGCCCAGAACAAGCCCUGUCAACUACCGGUGGGAAUUCAGAUGGGGACCCCUGCAUAUUUCCUUUUAUUUUCCUUGGUACGACAUAUAACUCCUGCACUACCAGUGGACGUAAUGAUGGCACGAUGUGGUGUGCAACCACUGGAAACUAUGAUGAAGACGCCAAGUGGGGAUUCUGCCCUGACAAUGGCUAUAGUCUUUUCCUGGUUGCUGCUCAUGAGUUUGGCCAUGCACUUGGUUUAGAUCAUUCCCAAGACCCUGGAGCAUUGAUGAGCCCAAUUUACACCUACACCAGAAACUUCAGGCUCCCUCAAGAUGAUAUUUCUGGCAUUCAGAAACUUUACGGCGUGCCAACCGAUAAGCCUCUGCCACCAACACAGGGUCCUGUCACUCCAAUGGAUCUGUGUAAGGGGACUUUGAUCUUUGAUGCAAUUACUCUAAUAAGGAGAGAACUGUUCUUAUUUAAAGAUCGAUUCUUUUGGAGGACCACAAGUCCCAAUACCAAACCGUCAGGGCCAAACUUAGUUGCAAUGUAUUGGUCUGAAUUGCCUGAAAAAAUUGAUGCCGCCUAUGAGGAGCCUCUGAAAGAGAAAACCAUAUUCUUUGCAGGAGAUCAAUUCUGGGUUUAUACUGCCAAUGAUCUGGAGGAAGGAUACCCUAAGAAAAUAACUGCACUUGGGCUACCAAGUAACGUGCCACGAAUUGAUGCAGCUUUUAAUUGGAGGAGAAACAAGAAGACCUACCUCUUUGCAGGUGACAAAUUUUGGAGAUACAAUGAAACUAAGAAGAAAAUGGAUGCCGGAUUCCCUAAAUUAAUUGCAGAUGCCUGGAAUGGGAUCCCGGAUAACUUGGACUGUGCCCUAAAGUCCUUUGAAAAUGGACACAGCUACUUUUUCAAGGAUUGGUACUAUCUUAAAUUAGAAGAUCAAAGCUUGAAGGUUGUCAAAAUAGGGAAUGUGAAGCAUGACUGGCUUGGUUGUUAGGUUAAACAUGCUUUCAAUCAUUUAUCUUUUCUUUCAAGUAAUCAAAUGUCUUUGCUGUACAUUAUUGUUAAAAUGGCAAGGACGUCAAUGUCAUACAGUAGCAAACACCAACUUGGAAUUUCAUGCCAAGACCAUCUACAACAGCAUUAUAUCCGGCUUUGGUUUUGGAACAAUAGUUUUGCUUUGUUAAUUUCAUCAUUCUGUGAUAUGGUAUAAGUGGUGAAGGCACAGGUUGCCUCAAGUUUUGAUUUAUGAUGGAUUUAUAAUGAGAAACUAUUAUUUAAAAAUUCAAAAAUGCUUUCUGUACUUCACUGCACAAUUUCUUUAAUACAUGCAAUAUUAAUAUGUUUUUUUGUGUUUUAAAAUACAGGAAAUAUUUUGAACAAAUCUAAUUAGUUUUACAGCUUUGUAUUCCAUGCAGUGACUAUGAAAUAUUGAUAAUAACUGAAAUGUGAAAAUAAUCAAUUAGUUAUCAAAAGCAGAUCGCAGUUAAUAUUUUUAGAACACAAAUGACAAAAAAAUGAAAAAGUCCAAAUAUCAAAAUUGUUUGCUUAAUGAUGCACAGCAGCAUCAGCUUAAUUGCAUGUUUUGAAUAAAAUAAGUCUGAAGAGUAUGCUUAGCCAAGCCUAAGUACUCAAGUCUGAUUGCAAACAAUAAUUCACAAGAAACACAGGUGUUUCAAUUUCUUUUAUUACAGUGUUAAAUGAAUCUGCAGUAAAGAACUAUGAAUUUUGGAAGUAUUCAUGUAUUAAUUCAGUUUUUUUGCAGAAAUUUGAUAUUCAAUAAAGUUAUCUUAAAGA